UGCGCACCAGUGACCUGCGCGAGCGUUGAGAAACCGGAAGCUUUGUAAUCUGGUCAACUGGUCGUUUGUCUUUAUCGUUUGUCACAUUUAAGCGGUCAACGAAGACCUACGUCGAAAUGUCUAGCUCAUCAAACCUCGUUGUCAUGAAGAAAAUGGUCCAGCAGCUACGUUUCGAAGCGAGUAUCAACAGAGUUAAGGUUUCUCAGGCAGCUGCAGACCUGCAGCAGUUCUGCCUCCAGAAUGCAGGGCAGGACCCCCUGCUGACAGGCGUUUCCUCCAGCACCAACCCCUUCCGACCACAGCGGGUCUGCGCCUUCCUGUGACCUGUCCUGUCCAGCCUACGGAGUGCGCGUCGCCGGGGGCGACACUGGACGCGGCGGGGCGCCUGGAUGCUUCCGGAAGAAACGGACACAACAUGAGCCACAGUUUGCUUUACCUCAGAACUGCCCUUAACUGCUCCUAACUGCCCCUUUCACACCCCGCUGGUAAAUCUCUAAUGACUCCAUACAGUGUGACCCCGUCCCUAUAGGAACCACUGGUGUACCUGUGAAGAGCCAUGGCUUGUGUGUGUGUGCGUGCGUGCAUGUGUGUGUGUGUUGAGGGGUACACUGUUAGAAUAAACACAUUUAUUGUGCCUUUUUUUACGAACUCUGAACUGUCAGCUCUCAAUACUUUUAUAGAGUGGAAUAAAAAGCCUUUUGCAGUCUUUA